CUCAACCCUUGCUUCUUUUUCUCCUCAUGAACACAACAUAUGACGACUCUAUCUCAGAGCGAAUAACUUUGCGCAGUAAUGAAGGCUUUCGCCUUUCAGAGCCAACAAUAGAUCAAGCUGAGCAUGAAGAACAGAGCGGUCAGCAACAGCAACCACCGUCUGUUGUGCCACAUCAACCACAGCAGCAACAGCAGCAGCAGCAGCAGCAGCAGCAACAAAACCAUGACGACAACGAGCAGGAGCACCAACCUUACCACGACGACGAAGCGCCCAAUGACGAACACCGAGCGCCGUUAUUAAGACGUACAUACUCACAAGAAAGCGCGAUUAGUACCGAUUCAGCACCACCACCCUACGAAAUGUACCCACCAGCCAAAACGUUUUUUGGCAGAGCCUACAACUGGCUUCGCACAAUACCCCGCAUACGACGCCACCAAGCGAUUGCAUUACCCACGUUGCCACUCCAUGCCGGCAGUCGGUUUCGCAGCCAUCAUUCCGAUUCCCUCUCUUCAACGUCGAUUGAUUCGUUUGCUUCGUCCGCAUAUCCAGCGACAUGCUGCUCAUACUAUUACCAUGCAGCCUUGAGCCACCUGCCCUCGCUACCUCGAGCGACGCUUCCUGUCUGGCUCGCGCGUUGCCGAUGGGUACUUAUCUGUAUAUCCAUUUUCGCCAUCUUCAUAUUUGCAUUUCUCCUCUUUUGUUCCAUUUUCUUCUCACCAGCGUCGCUUUCGCCAGCGACACUGCCGGACCUGACGACAAACACAUCGGCACGAUUUUUGACCUUAAACAUAUUUAUGCGGCCGCCCGGUGUCACCAAUAACUGGUCCGACUAUAAAGACGAGCGAUUGGAUUACAUUGUCCGCUACAUUUUACCACAAUACGACGUGGUUGCGUUCCAAGAAGCAUUCGCCUUUGGAACCAGACGGAAAGACCAAUUGAUCCAACGGGCACGGAAUAUGGGAUACAACCAUCAUGUGGAAUCGCCUCGACAUUAUCCAUGGGAUCUGGGCGUGGAUGGUGGAUUGUUGAUUAUGUCUCGGUUUCCAAUUCGGACAUCGCACCAGAUCGAGUAUCCCCGUGGCAUCCACAGCGACUGGCUUUCGUAUAAAGGUGCCCUGCACGCAUUGAUCGAAUUGAACUCGACCAACUCAAUGCAUUUAUACACGACUCAUGCACAAGCAUCGUAUGCGCACGAAUCCAUUCAAGCUGAUAUGCAAGUUCGUCUCAGCCAGUUUUCACAAUUCCACCAGUUUGUCAGGGAAACAGCACAGCACGACACUAUUCCGAUCUUGUUGCUAGGCGAUUUCAACGUGGAUGCAGCGGUGCAUGAUGGAUCCAUUACAGAACCGUCGAAAUCCAAUUCGGUCGAAUAUAACAUGAUGAUGGAUGUGGUGACUGGCAAGGGUGUUGAUCUUUCAAACAGCGACAAGAGGAACAGUAAUGUGGGUAGCAAGGAUGACAACGACAACGGAAAUGACAACGAUGGCAAAAUCAGUGUUAGACAGAAGCGAUUGUUGUAUGCGGACCCAGCAUGGCAGAUGGAUCAGUUAAUGGACGAAGUGUAUAGUCAUUAUGGAUAUCAUCCUGUGACGUAUGGCGAUAUCAUGUUGAACAAGAACGGCGAGGUUGAGCCUGCCGAGACAGUGCUGACGGAUAUGGAGCAGGUCAUGACAGUCCAGAGCAUUGAUCGAAUCAUGUGGGAUCGCGCACGGGCAUCAGCUGCCAUGUCGCUGCGAGACGCCCAGGUUGAAAAGUUUAUGGUUCGAAGCAAUGAUAUGAUGAGCGAGCACGAUAAGCAACAAAUGGCAUUUACUCAAAUUUCAGAUCACUAUGGGUUGAGCUGCGUUGUCCAGCUAGCAUGAUGAUAUAUGGCGAAGGCUUGCUUGUGGAAGUAAAGAAAUAAAAGCCACAUUUUGCUAUUGUUAUAG